UUUGUCUCCCGAGUGAGCCGGCCCCGCUCCCACAACCUCCCGCCGCCGCCAGCCGGGCUCCGGCGACAUGGACGUGACCGUCUCCGAGCUCCUGGAGCUCUUCCUGCAGAGCCCCUUGGUGACCUGGGUGAAAACCUUCGGAGCGCUGGGGAGCGGGGAGGAGGACAACCUCGGCGUCUACAUGGACCUGGUGGAUGGCGUCGUCCUGAACAAAAUCAUGCUGCAAAUAGAUCCUCGACCAUCCAACCAACGUGUCAACAAGCAUGUAAAUAAUGACACCUAUCUUCGGGUUCAAAACCUGACCAUCUUAGUCAGAAACAUAAAGACUUACUAUCAGGAGGUCCUCCAGCAGCUGAUCGUAAUGAAUUUACCAAAUGUUUUGAUGAUUGGCAAAGAUCCUCUUUCUGGUAAAAGUAUGGAUGAAAUUAAGAAGCUGCUGCUGUUGGUUCUGGGAUGUGCUGUGCAGUGUGAAAGAAAAGAAGAGUUUAUUGAAAGAAUAAAACAAUUGGAUAUUGAAACCCAAGCUGCCAUUGUGUCACACAUUCAGGAGGUGACUCACAAUCAGGAGAAUGUCUUUGACUUGCAGUGGCUGGAGCUCCCAGAUAUGGCCCCAGAAGAACUAGAGACUCUCUCCAGGAAUAUGGUUUUCCACCUCAAGAGACUCAUUGAUGAGAGAGAUGAAUGCACAGAAGUCAUUGUAGAUCUCACUCAAGAGAGAGAUUAUCUCCAGUCUCAGCAACCACCAAGUCCUCUGAAAUCACCAAGUCCAGAUUCUUCACCAAAUCCAGCCAACCCUCUUUCUAAUGAAGACAAGCAGCACCUUUCAGUUGAGCUGGCAGACACGAAGGCUAAAUUGAGAAGAAUCCGGCAGGAGCUGGAAGAGAAGUCUGAGCAGCUUGUAGAUUCUAAACAUGAAGUUGAGCAGCUCACCCUAGAGCUGCAAAAAAUAAAACAAGAGAAUAACCACCUGGCCUCAGACGCUCGCUCUGCCCGAGCAUACAGAGAUGAGCUUGACUCUCUGAGAGAGAGGGCAAACCGUGUGGAGAGACUUGAGAUGGAACUUGUUCGGUGCAAAGAGAAACUUCAUGAUGUGGAUUUUUACAAAGCUCGCAUGGAGGAGUUAAGAGAGGACAACAUCAUAUUAAUUGAAACAAAGGCCAUGCUAGAAGAACAGCUAACAAUUGCAAGAGCUCGUGGUGAUAAACUCCAUGAAUUAGAGAAGGAAAAUUUGCAGUUGAAAUCCAAACUUCAUGAUGUAGAACUGGACCGGGACACAGACAAGAAGAGAAUUGAAGAGCUGCUGGAGGAGAACAUGGUCUUGGAGAUUGCACAGAAACAAAGCAUGAACGAGUCUGCACACCUAGGCUGGGAACUAGAACAACUGUCUAAAAGCACAGAUCUUGCAGAUACCAGAAAGUCCUUUGUGUUUGAGUUGAAUGAAUGUGCUUCGAGUCGCAUACUGAAGCUAGAGAAGGAUAAUCAGAGCUUACAGAACACAAUCCAAGAGCUGAGAGAUGCCUCCUUGACCUCCAGAGAGAGCAGCCUAAAGUUUGUGGAACUGGAAAAGGAAAAUCAACAACUUAGCAAAAAGAUUGAGAAGUUGCAAAAUCAAAUUGAAAAAGAGAAGCAAAGUAAUCAAGAUCUGGAGACCUUGAGUGAGGAGCUGAUAAAAGAUAAGGAACAGCUGCAAGUUGUCAUGGAGACUCUAAAAGCUGACAAAGACAGACAGAUAAAGGACCUUAAACAAGAAAAUGAUCACCUUAAUCAAGUGGUCUCAUCCCUGAGACAAAGAUCUCAAGUGAGCAGUGAGGCAAGAGUAAAAGAUAUUGAAAAAGAGAACAAGAUCCUUCAUGAAACUGUUACAGAGACUAGUAGCAAACUGAGCAAGCUGGAAUUUGAGAAGAAACAAUUGCAAAAGGAUUUUGACCAUGUUAAAGAAAAAGUGGAAAGAGUGGAAGAAAUGGAAAAAGAACUCCAUCGACUGGAGAGGGAGAAUGAACAGCUCACAAAGAAAGCAGCAGCAAUGAAAAUAGUGACAGAAAAAGUUGAAGUUCUUGAGCAGGAGAAUGGGGAUCUGGAAGUGGAAAACAGGAAGCUAAGAAAAUCCCUGGACACACUGCAGAAUAUUUCCAUCCGGCUAGGGGACCUGGAAAGGGACAAUAAGCAAUUGGAUGAAGAAAAUCUGGAGCUUAGGAGAGUGGUGGAGACAAUGAGGUUUACCAGCACAAAAAUGGCACAAAUAGAAGCAGAAAAUAAAGAUUUGGAGAGGGAGAAAGAGGACUUAAGGAAGACUGUGGAAAUGCUAAAAGCAAUGAGCAAGAAAUCGGAGAGGCUGGAGUUAAGCUAUCAGAGUGUCAACUCUGAAAACCAGAGACUUCAGCAAAUCUUGGAGAACAGCAGCAAAAAGAUCCAGGAGCUAGAAAAAGAAGUACAGGGAAUGGAGAGUGAAAAUCAGGUCCUCCAGAGAAACCUUGAGGAGCUAAAGAUAUCUGCCAAACGGCUAGAGAGGUUAGAAAAGGAGAACAAAGCCCUAGAACAAGAAAUGUCUCAGCUUGAGAAAGACAAAAAAAUGCUAGAGAAAGAAACAAAACGGCUUUGGCAGCAAGUGGAGCUGAAAGAUGCUAUUUUGGAUGAUAGUACAGUAAAGUUGGCAGUUGCUGAGAAAGAAAACAAGACACUAGAAAAGGAAAUUGCUCGAUUCAGAGAUUCAUCUAAUAAGCUGAAAGAAUUUGAAAAGGACAAUAAAGAUCUCAUAAAGCAAGUUACAAUUGAUAAAAGAACACUAGCUACGUUGAGAGAGGAUUUGGUCCUGGAGAAGCUGAAGAGUCAACAGUUGUCUAGUGACCUGGACAAACUGAGCCAGGAACUGGAGAAGAUAGGCUUGAACAAAGAGCUGCUGCUACAGGAUGACAACGGCAAUGACGACAGAAAGUACAAGAUUCUGGAGGGCAAAACUGAAUCAGCACUAAAAACAACACUAGCUGUGAAAGAGGAAAAGAUUGCAAUGCUGGAAGCUCAAGUGAAAGAUUCUCUGAACUUGAACCAGCAGUUACAGAAUGAUCUAAAUAUGGUAAAGAAGGACUUUGAUGCACUUAAGCAGACUCAGCAAGACGGGCAGUAUACUCAGAAGUCACAGAUGUAUUCUGCAGAGAAACUCAUUCCUAACCACCAAAUGAAUGAGAAAUUGGAAACGGGACACCGAGAAGCGACCAUGGAACUGCUGAAACUGAAGGACAGAGCAAUUGAACUGGAAAGGAAUAAUGCAGCCCUGCAUACUGAGAAGCAGCUGCUUAAAGAACAGCUGAAGCAUUUGGAAACACAGAAUGUGUCCUUCAACAAUCAGAUCCUGACACUACAGAAGCAAAACGUCUUCCUUCAGGAGCACAACACUGCUCUGCAGACACAGAUGGCCAAACUGCAGGUAGAAAAUUCAACCCUCAGCUCCCAGGGUGCUUCACUGAUGGCCCAGAAUGCUUUACUCCAAAAUCAGCAGACAGCCAAGGAGAAUGAGAAUGAAAAUCUACUGAAAAAGAACGAGCAGCUGAAAGCUGAGUAUGAGUCAUUGCUUCAGGACCAUGAACACCUUGCUUCACUGCAUGAACGGCAGUCCGCAGAAUAUGAAAUGCUAAUAAACCAGCACAGCUGCCUGAAAACAUUACACAAAAACCUGGAUCUGGAGCACAAAGGUCUGGGUGAGAGAUAUAACAGUUUAAUGAAACACAAGGCAGAAUUGGAAGAGUUGGAAAUAGUUUUAAAAACUGAGAGAGAGGUUCUGCAACAAGAGAGGAGAUCAAAUGCAAUAACCACUGGGGAAAAUCAGAAGCUGAGGGAGGAACUGGACAGGGUGAAUUUCUUGCACAACCAACUAAAGGCAGAGUAUGAAGGGCUGCAUUCACACACUAAAGAGCUGAAAACUUCCUUGAACAACUCUCAGCUGGAGCUGAAUCGUUGGCAGGCUCGCUAUGAUGAGCUGAAAGAACAGCAUCAGUCCAUGGAUAUUUCUCUGACCAAGCUGGAUAACCACUGUGAGCUGCUGUCACGUCUAAAGGGAAACCUGGAAGAAGAAAACCAUCAUCUCCUGAGUCAGAUUCAGAUGCUGAGCCAGCAGAAUCAAAUGUUACUGGAGCAGAACAUGGAGAACAAGGAGCAGUAUCAUGAAGAACAGAAACAGUACAUUGAUAAAUUGAAUGCCUUAAGGAGACACAAGGAAAAACUUGAAGAGAAGAUAAUGGAUCAGUACAAGUUUUAUGAUCCUACUCCAAAAAAGAAAAACCACUGGAUUGGAGCCAGAGCCUUAGUCAAACUAAUCAAGCCAAAGAAGGAGACUACAAGGGAGCGGUUGAAACCAGCGGCAGAAAGCCCUCCAUGGCACUCUGAAUCCCCAGAGGUGGUAAACUCUCCAUCUGCCUCCCAAAAACCAAAACAUCAACAAGAGACUCAGGAUAAUACCUCUCAAGGGUCAAACUCUGUGGAAGAGAGAGACAACCCUGGUGGUUCUUCAAACAAAGCUGCGCAGCGCAAAAAGAUUGCCUUUUUGAGAAGCAAAAUCAAGGAUAAAGAAAAGUCUCCUAAGUCUCCAUCGAAUCAUCAGUCUCUCUCUAAUCGGCUCCGGUUCUGGUCUUCUUCCGACAUCCCAUCCUCUCCUAAUGAACCUCUUUCUUUCCCGGAAUUGGGAGAUUUCACUAUUGCACACUGUGGAACAUUUCUUCAAUGCAGCACAUUUUUAGGGGACCUCAUGGCAUACAGUUUGCUGCUACUGGACGUAAAGCAAAAGAGGAAUUCCCAUCACGGAGGCAGCAAUGAUAAUGUUGAAAUCUCAGCAGACUCUGAGACAAAACACUGCUGUGUGGAACUGGGUCCUAGGACUUACUCGACCUCAGCUAUUCAUCUGCACGCUUCCACCCCCAUCUCCAGGCUCCAGAGCAGACCAAAAGGGUAUAAUUCAGAAGAUAAUCUAUGUGAACAGUCCCCUGAGGUGGAGUUUGCAAGCACUAGACAGCAUGUGUCCAGGCCAAACAGUUUAGAGAGCAGUAGAAAUGCUUCCAGCAGUAGUUCACCUCUCAAUUUGAAAGGUUCCUUAGAUUAUAUCCAUGGUAGAACUGAGAGCCUCAGCAGUGAAGAUACGGUGCCAAGCAGAGAAGCACCAGCCUUACUCCGAGACACCUAUCCCUUUCACUCUGCUUCUGCCAUCUUAAGCCCUAGCAGCAGGCAUGAGUCGUCCUCCCACAGGAAUGGUUUGAUCUCUUAUGAUAUACCUCAGAGGAGUACUCCAUCCCAGUCUUACACAGGCAGGCAACGAUCUGCCUCACCUGGCAGUGAGAUGGUAACCUUGGAAGAGUUCUUGGAAGAGAGCAACAGGCUGUCUCCACCAAGUGAGACUUCCAGUAACAGAGAUGACUUGCUCAGCGAUUAUUUUAGGAAAGCAAAUGAACCUUCAGCUACUGGGAACCUGCCGGUUCGGCUGUCCAGAAAGGAGGCUGCUAAGAUGCUCACUAGUCCUGUUGCUCCAGCUGUAAAGAUGGCUAUCGCCAACGAAGAAGGAAGAACAGCUAAGCCUGGAAAUUACAUGAAGCCAAACCUCAGACAAGUCGAACCUGAGCCUCUGGCAAACUCCCAGGGGUCCCUUAAGCUUCCUCACACACCACAGCACCAGCCUGCCAGUGGGAUGCGACAGGUUGCACAGCCUCAGCAGCCCGGAACCGCGAGCAGGAGGAGUACAUCACUGAGCAGGGCCUUUAGCUUAGCCUCUGCAGACCUCCUCAGAGCCACCGGCCCGGACACGUACAGACAGGAGAGCCCUCAGAAGUCAGCAGCAGAUCUGCGUGGGGGCAAGGAAGCUGUCAGUCAGACGACUAGGGCUUCUGCACCAAUGACCUCCCAGGCAACCUUAAGAGAGAGGCCACAGUCUGCAAAGGUGGCAGGUUCCUUGCAAGCUGUCGAUUCCCGCUGUCGGCAGCCUGAUGCCAGGCGCCUUUCCCUGGCCCCACCAAAAGAUGAGAGGCCACUCUCCUUCCAUCAGUUCUCUGCCUCGCCCACUGCAUCCACCAGCAAUCUGAACAUGCAGCAACAAGAGCACGUGAACCCUGGGCAGCACUACUCACCCGCAUCGCACACUCCCGCCAAAGUCAAAACCAAGCCAGCCCCUCGUACUGGGGAGGUGGCCACAGUGGCUGCUGCCAGAGCUGUUUCCACCAGCACUGAGGGAAAUAUUUCCCUAGGGCAAGGCCAGGGCGAUGCCCUACUUACCAAGUGCCAGGGUAAGCUGCCAGAAGGCAGCGCUGGGACUGUGGAGGAGCCCAUGAGAGGAAGCAGCUCCAACAGCACUCCUGGGUCUCCGGACUCCCAGGGCGAUCAGCAGACAGUUUGGUAUGAGUAUGGGUGUGUGUAACCCACGGAGGCAGCUCGUAGUAUCUGUGUUUGGCGUUGCUGACAUCUGGGUAGCAUUUGUCUAGACACUGUGCCAGGUUUUAAAAGGCAUCACCUGCAUGCUGUUCUGAGUGUUCUCUGGGUACUGUUUUCUAGUUGGACAAAGUAUGAUUAAGAGAAACAAGGAGCAAAACCCCAGCCCUUCUUUUGACACUGUUGUGCCUAAAACAAAGUGGAAGCCUGACCUAAUCUCACAGCAGGCUUGGCACCUGAUUCUCACAGGUGCUGAGCAUUCCCCACUCCAGGAGAAGCUUAGCAGGGUCCUCUCUCAUUGCUGCACUGGGCACCCCUUCUACCUGCAUUAAAGAAGAGUUUCACAGGUCAUGUGUGUGUGCUGAACCCAGCCCCACCAUUGAUAAAUAACUUAACCAUACUGAAAAGGUCGUAUAAAACCCAAACUUCUCCCCCAAAGACAGAAUCAGGUAUUUGGCUUAAGUAGCUUAAAGACAAAGCUGAAGAGCAAAAGUGUGUGGCUUUAGCCAUGGAUCAGUUAAAAUCAAUUCUUCUUGACACAGCCACAUUUUACAGAGGUAAUGUGUAGACUUCAAGGGUCACAUCUCAACCUUCCCCUCUGGUACUGUGUAGACACAGAGAGGCCAGUGUAAUUACCCCACUGCCUUCACUAUAGCUGCAGCUCAGUGGAUCCUUGACGCUGCAAGCCAAGUGGUGCUGCCUUUUGAAACUUGUUUUAUCUUUUAUACAAACACUGGAACUAAUGCAGCCUUUCAGGGGAGAUGCCAUUUCAAUUGCAAAGGUGGCAUCUCAUGUACAAAAGUGUCUUGUAAGUAUGUAUAUAAGAAGCUCAAGUAUUGUAUAGGAAUGCUGUGUAAAUUGUAUUAUUACAUCCUUGUGUGCAUGGCAGCCCAUAUCCGAAGCGAUAUAUGGGAUCUUGUCUCUUAGAAAUCCUUGUUUAUGUCUCCAAGAACCUUACUCAGUAUAGAAAGCAAAAUAAUUUUGUAUACAUGUGAAAGAAAUAUACUUUUAAAAAUCUAUUUAUGUGCAAAGAAGUUCCUUGUAUGUUUCUGUCUAGAGUGUCAUCAGCUACUUAUGUAUAUAUGAUCAAAUGUGUGUCUUGAAUUCUGUUCCAUGUUUGUAAAGCUGGUUUUCCUGCAAUAGCCUUAAUCCUUAAAAAAAUAAUACUCGUUUUGCUGGUUCUGAUUUAAUCUAGUAAAAGCUAAAACUGAUUCAGCUGAGGAUGUUUUUGUUAUCUAGUAUGUAGUAAUCCCAUUCUGGAAACUACAAAAUUGUUUAUAAUAAAGAUUAAAAU